AUGCUUAUUGCAGUCUGGCUCUUGAGUUGUGUUCUGUGUGGAGGUGUGACUGUGGACAGUCGGCUCCCGAACAUCACUGGGAAACAUCUGAAAAAUCUGAAUUAUCUUUGGGAAGAGCUGAAAGAUGAAACUAAGGUGGAAGCACAGGCAAAUGAACUGGAGAAACACGAAAGCAUCUUAAAACAGGUAACAAAAAUAGUUUGCGUUGUGCAGCAGGCGGGACACAACCAGCAUAAUGAUGCCAUGACUUUUGGGGAAUAUUAUAAGGUGAAGGCCGUGUCCGAGGGCUCGGAUUGCCGCUGUAAGUGUGUGCUCAGACCCCUGAGCAAGGAGGCCUGUCAGAGGAUCAAUGAAGGUAGAGCUAAACCGGAGGAUGUCUACACUGUGGAGACCAUAAACUCGGGACCCCACUGUAAAUGCGCUUGCGUGGCUCCACCUUCGGUUCUCAACCCCUGUGAUGCAGAGAACAAACUGAAACAACUCCGGGGAACCAAGAACGGAUUUAAGCUCUCCUCUUUGUUGGACAUGCUGGAAGGUGCCUUCUUUGGUCUGGACCUCUUGAAGUUACAGACUAUUACAUCCAAACUCAACAAGCGCAUUGAGAAACUGGAAGAGGCUUCAGCAGUAGAUAUCUCUGAGCAAGACGAACAUGGAAGAGUUGACAACAAUGUUUUGAAUCUGACAGAGAAAAAGGAAAACCGUACAAAGGUUCAGACCAACACAAGUGAACAAAUUAGCGGCAUUAACAUAAACGUCCUACAGAGAGAUGCAGCAGCGAUUUAUGCCCAGUCUGAGGAAAAAUACAUAGGGGAGCAGAUUUCUGACAGAGACAACAAUAUCAAAAUAACAAGUGGUAAAGGUUCCAACCAGCAUCCUUCUCCAUUGAACUUGGCACUGAAGUGGAUGGAGAAUCGUCACCACAGGAAUAAGACAUCCCAAGCACCGACCAUUAUCCGCACAACAUACUACAAAGCAAAACCCCUGGAGGACAGAGAUGAUCCCGAAGAUGAUUUUGCCAGUGGUGAGGAUUCAAUACGCCUGUUUGUUGGAGAUCAGCUUGUUAAGCAUACUGAAUCUGACAUCACUGCUUUUCGGGUACCAGCUUCGGUGGUGAAACUACCAAGAAUUAGUCUUACGAAAGCAACAACAUUGAAGGCAAAGAAUACUACACCUACCACUGCUACCACAGCAAUUCUCAGAGAAUCACCUACAACUCCUAAUGUUUCUCUUUUCUCCAAUAUUACCAACACCAAUAUGACGACAACUCUUUCAGUAAGCAUUCUAACUACCACUGCAACCAAUGCAACUGAUGUCGGAACCAAUGCAACAGACGUCGGAACCAAUGGAACUACAAUGAAUGCAACUGUAAUCAAUGCAAUUGCCACUGCAACCAAUACAAGCCUCACAGCAACCGUUAAAAAUUCCACUAACGCAAGACCUUCUUCCCUCACAAUUCCUGCGUCUCUGACCACAAUUGAUGCCACAGCUUACACCUCAUCUCCUGCUGCAACUUUUACAAUGACCACACUUCCAACCACCAUCUCUGUGACCUCCAAAACCCGUAUCACCAGUAUGAUGACUGCAGCCUCAAGUGUCCCUGUGACCAGUGUGGUUCACAUCACUACUGCAACCAACACAACUCCUGUGACCGCUGUACAUGUGACUACCAUGGCUCACAACACCACUGUGACUACUAGUUCUACUGCAACCACUGGCAUGCCUGUAGCCAAUACCACCAUGAUGCACAUCACCACUUCUGCCACCACCACUAUACCCACCACCAUCACCCCAACCAGCCCGCUCCCCACCAGCCCGCUCCCCACCAGCCCGCUCCCCACCAGCCCGCUCCCCACCAGCCCGCUCCCCACCAGCCCGCUCCCUCUGACCACCCCGCUCCCCACCACCACGAUCCCUCUGACCACCCCGCUCCCCACCACCACGAUCCCUCUGACCACCCCGCUCCCCACCACCACGAUCCCUCUGACCACCCCGCUCCCCACCACCCCGCUCCCCACCACCACGAUCCCUCUGACCACCGCAGUUCCCACCACCCCGCUCCCCACCACCACGAUCCCCACCACCACGAUCCCUCUGACCACCGCAGUUCCCACCACCCCGCUCCCCACCACCCUGCUCCCCUCCACCACGAUCCCCUCCACCACGAUCCCCUCCACCACGAUCCCCUCCACCACGAUCCCUCUGACCACUGCAGUUUCCACCACCACUCAAAGGCCCACUACCCCAACUACUACUACAACUCCCGCAACCACCAGAACCACCACCAAUGCAAAAAGGCCCAUAAGCAGACGGUUUACAAAGGUUAAACUGAAGCAGCACAGGGACCACAGGUCACACAACGGAGAUGAAAGCAAAGGUAUUUGCAAGGGAACUCUGUCCAGUAUCACUGGUCCUAAAACACACUACACGUAUGGAAAGAAUGAAGGGGCCUGGAUGAAGGAUCCAUUGGCAAAAGACAACAGAAUCUACGUCACCAACUACUUUUAUGGCAACACUCUGAUAGAGUUCCGCAACCUAGAGAACUUCAAGCAAGGUCGCUGGAGCAAUUCCUACAAACUGCCAUAUAGCUGGAUCGGGACUGGCCAUGUGGUGUACGAUGGGGCAUUUUACUAUAACAGAGCUUUCACCCGUAACAUCAUCAAAUAUGAUUUGAAGCAUCGGUUUGUGGCAGCAUGGACACUGCUCCAUGAUGUGGUGCACAAUGAGGUCCCACAUAGGAGGUGGCAGGGACAUUCUGACGUGGACUUUGCUGUUGAUGAAAACGGUCUGUGGGUUAUCUAUCCAACCAUCGAUGAGGAUGGCUCCAUGCAGGAGGUCAUCAUUAUCAGCAGGCUAAAUACCGCUGACCUAUCCAUUCAGAAAGAGACUACGUGGAGGACUGGCUUGAGGAAGAACCAAUAUGGCAACUGCUUUAUAGUCUGCGGUGUCCUUUAUGCAGUGGAUAGCUACAACAAUAAGAAUGCCAACAUCUCGUAUGCUUACGAUACCCACACAAACACACAGAUAAAUCCAAGGCUUCCAUUUACCAAUGAGUAUUCAUACACCACCCAGAUUGAUUACAACCCUAAGGAACGCAUCCUCUAUGCCUGGGACAAAGGGCAUCAAGUUACAUAUGAAAUCACAUUUGCUUAUUAGAACGGGUGACUUACAAAGUGGAAACACUUACUUUGUGAAAAGGGUAAAUGUUCUUAUAUUCAUUCGCAGAUUGUGGAUCGAUCUGUUUCUGUUAAUAUAGCCAUGGCAAUCUGCUUUUAACAAAGGAAACAAAAAGGACUUUAAGGGCCCUUUAAUCUGAGCUUUAUGUAAUAGUUGCAUACCUUGCAUGGAACGAGAUGCCUGCCAAUUCAAGUGGAUCAGAAGCUUGCAUGUUCCUAUUGUAGCACGCGCUACUUGGAGAGAAGAACAAUGUCUACCAGGCCCUUGAUAAUGACUGUCUCCCUGAUACUUUGAAACAGUUAUAGUUUUACCUAAACUGGAUUUCAGAGUUUAAAAAAGGUUUCACACAACUCCAAAUCAUGGGACACAAUAAAUAAUUCAGUUUUUCAUCUUCUAUGGACAGUUGAUUUAAGCAGUAAAAUUCACCUAAGUCUGCACUGUAACAUUUAAUAUGACUUACGGAAAG